AUGCCUGUGGAGAAACACGCCACAGCGCUCGCUCAAGGAUCCAGAUCCAGGCGUCAGAAGCACUCUUGUGACCAGUGCAGAAAAUCCAAGCGAGCAUGCGAUGCACUGUGUCUGGAUCUGACCCGUCGAGCAUCAUUUAGCACCGUCGAUGGCCAGCGACCACCAUGCUCCUACUGCGCCAGAACAAAGAAACGCUGUACCAUGGAAUGGGCCCGGUCACAGGCUCAGUCUGCGCUGAAAUUCCCUCGCCAACAACCCCAUCCCGAGCGUUUGAGUCGAGACGUUCUCUUCCCAUGGAAGGCUGAUGAGCCCCAGGCCGAGACUGGAUCUGGAACAUGGGAUGACCUGCUCGGAACGAAUCCCUGGGAGCCAGCCAACGUCGAUCUGUCCGGGUCGUUGUUGGACUAUGAUUCGAUGCCGCUCAGUUCCAUAAUACUCAAUGAUAACGAGGUCCCCCAGGAAGAGAUGCAGACGGAGAUGUCUGACGCAUUGACGUCUGCACGAUCUCUGUCUGAUCUCCUGCUACCAGACUUAUCCAGUACCUCAGACCUCGAACUUGAUCCGAUGUGCCAUCAGACGUGGCCGUCCUCCCAGGCGUCCCAGACGUCUCAGACGUACCACAGCCUCCAAUCGACCUCUUCAAAAAGCCCCUGGCGGCCGAGUGACUCCGCCUGGGUGUCCUGCAACCAGCCAUCCUCCCACUGGAACAGCCCCCAAAGCUCGCUCUCCCCAUUUUCCAUCGACCAGCAAAUGAUCACCACAUCCAACUACCACCUGACUUCAGCAAACCUGCUCCAAAUCUACCACGACGUGCUAGAGCACAACCUAUCGUGUUGGGUGACCGAGAUGACCUGUCCCUACCAGCGCAAUACCACCCACGUCGUGCCGGAAUGGGGUUCAUCGUGGUCCAACAGGAUAUACCAGCGCACGAUCAAGCUCGAUCGCGUCGCGCAGUCUUGCAAGCUUCUGCAGCUAACUCGCUCUGAGGACCAGGCCGCGUCCAAGGCUCUGCACCUUGCCAUCAUGGCGUUUGCUACGCAGUGGGCGCAGGGAAGCCGUCGGCACCGCGAGAAAUAUCCCACCGGGGCUCUCGAUCAUGGCGCGGACGAAAUUGCAGAUGGCAUCGCCGACGAGUUCGACCGCAUUCUGCAGCACCACCUUUGGGACCAGGCGCAGCGCGCUCUGCAACAAGUCGCCGAUCUCGAGUCGUACAGAGUGGCUUGUGCCGAGCUGAUCUUCGGAUUGACACAAAGGCCAUGGAAUCCCGGCAACCAGACUCCUGGAUAUAGGAUGGAAGCACGAGGCCGCAAGUUUGCCAUGGACUCGGUCUUGUCACAGGUGCGUGAUAUAAUACGCAAGGAAGGGCCGCCGGUAUACUUGGAGAGCGCCGCUCGAAAAAUGCACGCACUGAAGUAUCGCUGCGACGCGCUCGAAAAGGGCCUCGGCAAGCAGUGCGGCAGUCGAGAGCAGGGCGCCCACGGCAUUGCAGCCAUGAGUUCCGAGGAUCGAGCGACGAUCGGCCUGCUCUACUGGCUGGCCAUCAUGGUCGACACCGUCUCCUCGUCCAUGAACGAACGGCCCGUCGUGGUGGUGGAUGAGGACUGCCAGCACGAAGCGCAAAAAGAGAUCCAGCAAGCUGCGAAUAUGGACAAGUCUCUCGCACGAAGCCGGUGGGAUCUCGACCUUUUCGUGCAAGGAAGCCUCGAGGAGACGCAUCAAACGCACUGGCCCUGCUCCUACGAGGCCGCCGCCGAGGAUGUCAUCAAGUCGGCGCCGGUCAAAGUUCUUCUCUUCCGCCACCUCUCGUACCUACAGAACGCCAUUCGCAAGGGCGCUCAUGAAGAGCAGAUCGAGGACAUCAUCCGCAGCACGACGGCGCUGUAUCAAUACUGGAACAAGACGCACGGUGCCUUCUUCGGCGAACUCGUGCAAAACUACAGUGCGGUUCCGCAGCGUAUCCAGAGCUGGUUUGUCUGUAUCUCUGCGCACUGGCACCUCGCAGCCCUGAUGCUUGCGGAUCUGCUGGAAUUCGUCGACGAGAAUGGCCUGGGUAUGGAAGAUGCCGCUUGCAGUCGUAUCACCAGUCGAAUGGCUAGGAGAACUCGGAAGCAUAGUGCCAGGGAGCUAUCAGCUCUGGCAAGAGUCGCUUCACCGGCUACCCGAGAUGCCAACCUCGGGGUGCCGCAGAUGCCGGACUUUCACCACGCCGUCAACGAGGGGACGCUACUGACUGAGCCAUGGACGAUGAUUCUGAUCAGGGCGUUUACCAAAGCUUGUGUGAUCUUUUUAGGUGAAGCAGAGGAGUCCUUGCGCUAUGCCGGGACUACUCUCGGGCACAAUAGACAUAAUUUUGAGCGGAAUAUGGAGCAGGCUGAGGAUUGUAUGAAGGGGCUGUGGCUGCUGGGUAAAAAGUCGGAUAUGGCACGGAAGAUUGCUGAGACACUUUCACUCGCGUUGGGAAAAUUGCGGAAUGAGUGUGGAGAGUAUCAGUUCGGGCUCUCCGGGCUAUAA